GUCUAGGGUUUAUCCCUUGCCACUAUCACCCUGCUUGCUCACAAUUUCUUUUCUUUUCCUUUAAUCUAAACAGGCCAUUUGUUGUUUGUUUUUUCACCUUUCAAGCUCUCCGCGCACCUAUUUGAAAUAGAGGAGGAACAAUCGUCGGCAGUGAUGCUGACGCGCGCCGGUGGUCUUUCCUUUUUCUUCGCCAAAACCCCGAUACUUUGCCAUGUCGGCCAUACUCGCCUACGCUCACUUCUCUACGGUUGUUCUCCUCACCAUUUCAAACCCACUACCUACAGUCCCUACAUCAAAGAUCGCAUUUUUAUAAACAAAUCAGCGCAUUUCUCGAAUUUAGCUCUCUCUGCAACCAAUAAAUAUAUUCCUGAAUCAUCAGCAGUAGCAGAAACAAUGUCCAACAAAGCCAGGAAGAAGGCCAGGCGAGAAUCGCCUGAAGGAGUGCUCAGAUUUAAACUAGAUAUGUGUUCGAAGCGCGGUGAUGUUGUGGAAGCUCUUCGCCUUUAUGAUGAGGCUAGGAGUCGAGGGGUUCCGCUUAGCCAGCACCAUUACAACGUUUUAUUGUAUUUGUGCGCUUGUUCAGGGUCGAAUGGGGAUGAGAAUGUGGUGAAUUUGGCGUUGAAGAGAGGUUUUGAGAUUUUUAAGCAAAUGGGUGUUGAUGGGAUUGAGCCUAACGAGGCUACAUUUACGAGUGCGGCGAGGUUGGCCUGUGCGAUGGAGGACCCGGAAAUGGCGUUUAAUUUGGUGAAGCAGAUGAAGAGUUGUGGUAUUCCCCCCAAGUUGAGGUCGUAUGGACCACCACUGUUUGGGUUUUGUAAGAAGGGGGAUGCGGAUAGAGCAUAUGAGGUCGAUGCCCACAUGAAGGAAUCUGGUGUGGUUGCUGAAGAACCUGAGCUCUGUGCUCUCCUUGGGCUUAGUGUGGAGUCGCGGCGGGUGGACCGGGUGUAUGAGAUGAUGCACCGCUUGCGAGCAUCUGUGAGGCAGGUUUCAGAAUCAACUGCUGAGGUUGUUGAACGAUGGUUCAAUUCCGAAGAUGCUGCAGGAGUUGGGGAGGAGAAUUGGGAUGUGGGGAAGGUGAGGGAAGGGGUUGUCAAAGGGGGAGGGGGUUGGCAUGGGCAAGGGUGGCUGGGGAAAGGGGAAUGGAAGGUGGUAAGGACUGAGAUGGAUGAGGCGGGUGUGUGUCAGUCGUGUGGCGAGAAGCUUGUUUGCAUUGAUAUUGAUCCAAGGGAGACUGAGAACUUCGCUAGCUCUUUGACCAAGUUGGCUUGCCAGAGAGAAGUUAAGGCAGAUUUUGUCCAGUUUCAGGAGUGGCUUCAGCGGCAUGGUCCAUUUGAUGCAGUGGUAGAUGGUGCCAAUGUGAGCCUGAUCAAUCAAAAGAGCUUCAGCUUUUUCGAGCUUAACUCUGUUGUAAAUCGCUUACGUCAAAUAAGUCCAUCAAAGCGAUUACCACUUGUUAUCUUGCAUAGAAGUCGUGUAACUGGUGGUCCUGCUCAGAAUCCCAAUAACGAGAAGUUGAUACAGAGUUGGAAAAAAUCUGGUGCACUUUAUGCUACACCUGCUGGUUCAAAUGAUGAUUGGUACUGGUUAUAUGCUGCUGUUAAUUGUAACUGCUUGCUAGUGACAAAUGAUGAGAUGCGAGAUCAUUUGUUCCAGCUGCUUGGAACUAGCUUUUUUCCUAGAUGGAAGGAAAAGCAUCAGAUGAAGUUCUCCAUCUGCCAAUCCUAAAAUCACAUACCUCUAUGGGUGAUGGUGUGUAAAUCACCACUAAACUCGUCAUCCUCAAAGCUGUAGCAAAGCAAUGAGCGAAUACACCCAAUCAGUAGGAUUUGGUGGCCUUGUGGAUAUAAUUGCUCAAGCCUAUGGACCAAAAAUGCUCACUGGCAUUAUCCCUUUUUGAUCAACAGCACUCAGGCAUCCUCCUUGAGCCGCAUUGUAUGACUUUAAUCCCACCUUCCUUGCUGAUGGUCCAUAAUAGUGUUUUCCUUCCUCUUGAUGCAGCCUAUGAGGAGAACCAAAUCAAUCCAAUCACACUACUACGAAAUCUCAGUGAUUCAAUCAUGUCUUAACUCUUGUUUUUCACCUAUUCUUGAAGCUCCCCUAGCUUUAUUGAGCUCAACAUUUCAGAGAUGAAACAGAGCUCUUUCGUCCAGGCAAAAUGUGGUUGGUAAUCACAAUUAAACAAAAUGCUUAAUUGUGUCAUUCUGU